AUUGUGAUCAGCUGCAGUCCAUCGGCAAGCAUGACCUCAUCUGCAGCUGAAAAGGCUUGGGAAGCAGACUCUUCGUGUUCACUAACAACUAAUUGGAGAGAUGGAAUCCUUCCAAAAGGGCGCAAGAAUGCGAAACCGGAAGCCUGAUCAGUACUUCAUUCAGAUUGUCGGAGUCAUGGACACGAGUCGAAUGCAGCCCAUCAAGCUCGCUAGGGUAACCAAAGAGCUGGGCAGGACCGGUUUGCAGGGACAGUGCACGCAGGUGCGAGUGGAAUUUAUGGAUGACACCAGCCACUCUAUCAUCCGAAACAUCAAAGGCCCUGUUCGAGAGGGUGAUGUGCUCACCAUGUUCGAGUCAGAAAGAGAAGCUCGCAGGUUGCGCUGACCUUGCUGCUGGGUCCUGGAUAUCCACUCCUUAGCCCAUGGAAUGACCUGCAACUGUUAAAUAAAGCAUUUGUAUUCAAAAAAAAA